AUGACCACGAAACAGUUAAGUAGCACAACUUAUAUUUACAAAUUUUUAUUUCAACCAGGACCAGAUAGAUUAGAUGGAAUUCUCUUAGAGGAUAAAAGAAUCGUAAAGAGAGAGGAGACCAUAAAAAAUGUGAUGAAAGUGGUUCAAGACAACAAAAUCACUCUUAUCCGGGCACCUCCAUUUACAGGUAAAACAUCAUUGGGUCAGCUAUUGGAAGCCCAACUCGAAACAGUGCGUCCAAAUGCAUAUGUCAGACGAGUAACUUGGACCUCUGUAUGUGCCAGUUUUGAAGACUUGUGGAAACUUUUUACUGGCCAAUCUUUUGUAGACUGGAUUAAAAUCUCCCUACACGCUGAAGUCUAUCUAAUUAUGAACGAGUGUCAAACAAUAUACGCAAAAGAUAGUGAAUGGGGAAAUAGAGUUUGGCCAACGAUCAAGGCAUCUGAAUCUCCACAUCUACACGUUGUGGUGUUGGCUUCAUAUGGUGAGAAAACCGUCAACACGAUUACCAGUACACCAACCGAUCUGACAAGCUCCCAUCAUUCUUUAUUGGAUAUCAAGACUCUAAACUUUACAAAGGAAGAGUAUGGACAAUUGGUAGCAAACCUGACUAUCGGAUAUUUUCCAAAGGUAGUUGAAGACUGGAUAUAUGUCAACACAGGUGGACACAUUGGAUUGCUCAAAAGAACAUUGGGUCUCAUCGAAGGAAAGUUUGGCGAGAAAAUGAUUCUCAACUCGACUGGAAAAUACCCUCCUACUGAUCCUCAUCUUGACCAGCUCAUGAUGGAGUAUCUUCUCUCUCAAGAUUAUGCAAUUGAUAUUAGUCAAUCAAGAGCUGCACCAAAUCUAAAGUUGCCAGAAACUCAAAGAUAUGUCCUAGACUGUGUUGCUUAUGGAUCUUAUCCAUAUGAUCCAUCAAUUCAAGAUGAACCACUCUCUCAUCUUUUGAAACAUGGUUUUCUCACGUUGGAUAACAACAAACAACUCGUAUUCCCCUCCCCACUCUACCGUCGUUGCUACUUUACCGCAAGAUUCAAAUCCCCUUCUCCCCAACAGUUUCAGCCUCGCGAAGAUGAUAUGGAUGGAUUCCUUAUCGACUGCAUCAAACGCUUUCGACCACACCAACUCGCCAACCAAUUCUCUGUCCACACUCGUUGCGGAAGCAGUACAUCUCAACCACUUGAAGUUGUAUGGCAGAUGGAGUUUUAUCAUGCAGCAACUUGCGCAAUGCAACCAAUCUAUGUUGCCCCAAGUGUCGGAAGAGCAUUUGACUCAAAGGGAUUUUUAGAUUUCUACAUUGACAGCAAAUACAAAUGGGCAAUAGAAAUGAUUAGCGAGGGAAGAAAUAUCUCUGGUCAUGUCAACUGGUUCAAGCCUACAGGUAUCUAUGGAAACUUGCUUCAAAUGAUCAAGAAAUGGGUUGUGCUCGAUUUCAAGAGUUCUAAAUCCCAUCCAAUGGUAAAAUGGGACAACCUGUGGGAGGUUAUGUAUUCUGCUGACUUUAAAAGCUAUACCAUCCACCGCAAGGACCAAAGUUUGCUCACAAUAACUAUUGAAAAUGGUCAAUAA